AGAGGUUCCUUUUCAUCUUAAUGCUUUAGUUUUUUGUUCUUAAAAGUAUUGUAAUCUGUAACCUUUUUUUUUUCUUUGAACUGUCAAAACUUAGAGGAAGCUCAGUUGUCCCUUACUCUGUGAGGAUUUCUUUAACUGAAGCUUUGAGAGUUUUGAAUUAAUUCCAUAACUGAGGAUGAACCCUGCUCUCUUUCUAAAGUGAGAACAGAACCUGCUGAGAUUUACUUUUAUCAAGGGAUGCAACCUACAGCUGAAACGUUACAAGAGGAGUUGCCACAGCUGAGUAUCCGUCCAAGACUUAAUGGACUACAGUUAACAAAGAAGACAAAGCCAAGAAUUCCAGAUGAAGUAAAAGGACAGCAAAGGCUAACUCCAUACAUCCAGGUUAGUGGCAGGGAUAUAGGCAGGUCUUCUGAGGAAAGUAAUCCUUGUUAUAUUGGAUCGGUGCAGCUUGGAAGAGCCAGACAGAUGGCUACCAUUCCAAACAAGAGAGUCCAGAAACUCCAUAACAGCAGUGAAACAGUCAGAUGGCCGACAGAGACAGAAUCUGGAGACAAAGACCAACAGGAAGUGGUAGAGCCAGCAUUUCCUCUCAAACUCAAGAACAAAGCUUUACCACCAAUCAAGAAGCAAGCUGAACCACAGCUUGAUAAAACAAUCCAGAAGCAGACAGUCUUUUCCAGCUGUUCAACACCCAGAAAAGUCCCACUGAAAGCAAAGAAAAAACACCAUUCAAGCUUCAGCAAUGAUAUGACUCCUUGGGCAGGACCUUCCUUGUCAGAAUCUUCAUUCAGUUCAAUUCCAUAUCCAAUAAUCCCCUACUCUCACCACCGUAUUUCAUCACCAAAUCCUAUCAGCAAUCCAAGUUUUUCCCUGGACACUCCAGAACUGCUAAGCUUUUUGAAUAAAGAUGAAAAUGAUAAAUGCACAACCUACCAAGCUCUACAGCAUAGUUUUACCAACAAAGCUCUGAAAAUGGUAACUACAGAUGUAAAAAACUCAACAAAGAACCAAGGAAGUAAGUCCAAGAGAAGACCAAGAUGCAAGUUUCAGGGAAGCAAACUGCCUCCUGUACGCAAUAUUUCAAACCUCAGUUUCAGCCGAAAUUUCACCUUUUCAUUUUUUGAACUGCCUAAGCACCAUACUCCACUACAAAGGCAAGAAAGGCAGCACACUGUGUAUUUUAUGAUGAAACAAUUAAAUUACUGAUGGCCAAUCUGUAAAGAGUCUGAGUACUUGUGUGCGUUGUUGUGUGUGCAUGUGCCCGCAUGUGCAUUUAUAUCCAUGUACAGAUGUCAUGUAUGUGGGGAAAACUGUAAUUGUGCAAUGAAGGACAGAAUAUUUUUUGCAGCAAAUCUCCAUUUGAUCCUUACUAGCACUUCUUUGGAUGCUUGUUUGCUCACUGUCAUGCCAUCUGUUAGUCAAUUUGCCCUGGACUGAUAACCUUGAUAUUAUUUGCUAUCCAAAUACAGUAAGGAGUGGCAUGCAGCGCAAACUGCAAAUUUAUUUGAACAUUUUUCGAAGUUCCCUCUCCACCUUCCUCACAAUUUGAUAUGCAUUUUAGUUUCCACAGGCUCUUUUGGGGAUUCAGACAUACAGUUUCUCUGUAUGAUAAAGACAGCAGCAUAUAGGAUUCUCAGUCAUUGUCUCCUGGAUGACUGUUCAAAUAUGCAGACUUAGUCCUGAACCUGUGUCACCAAUGAUACAGACAGGUUCCCUGACACAAAUCAGUGGACUGACUGUGAAUGUUACAUUUUUGGCUGUUUAUCUCCACUUUAAGAUGUCACAGAAGAGCCCUGCAUUGAUAAGGCAGCAGCUUUGCAAUUCAUACUAUGAUCACAUUUUCUCCAGUGUGCCUAAAACUACAACAGAAUGAGGGUGAAAUAAUUAUAGCAGCAUAAAGGGAACCAAUUAUACAUGUCUUGCAAGUGAAAUAAAUUGCACAUUAUUAUUAUUGAUAUCUUAAAAUAUUUAUAUCUACUUUUUUGUAAGAUAGCAAAAUGUAGGUCUUUUGCAAGCUAUACUGUCCAUAGCUUUUGUCCCCUAAAUUAUGAACAUGAAUGAGUUAUUUGGAAAUCAGUUGGUGUGUGGCCUUCAUGAGGACAAGAGUUUUAAGUUGCAAAGUGAAUUGUUGGCUCUUUUCACUGCUGCUGUCCCAUAAGACAAUAUACAGGUGUUUAUGCCACCAAAAACAAUUGU